GCACUGCUAGACGAGAGAUAAUUCGCAUUUGUCGUACGUCCUCCAUUUUUGUAUUGAGGAAACUGCCCUCCUAUCGCACAGACAGCAGACAGUGGAGCUAAAAGACUUACAGCGCAUCCGCUUGCCUCCCCAUUGACGUCACUUUGGUAUCACAUGAACGAGAAAGGACCAAUCCAAGUGGCUCUAUCGAAGUUCUUUUGCGAAGAUAGAGGGAAGACCGAAAAGGGAACCUUGCCAAUGAACAUUUAAAGACAAAAAACCGUCGCCUUUUGGAUUUAGGUCUUUUGUAUCAGAGCUACGUGAUUAGUAUGAGUUAAAUCUGUGGAUUAUGUUAGCUGAACUGGGGCUGGCAAUGGCCCAAACAUAUUGAAUAGAUCGUUGGGGGAGCAAAACGCGACGUUGUAGUGGGCAUUGUACGGAUAAAGGAUUAUUUGCCUACCCAAUAACUGCUCCGUCGUGAAAUACCCCCACCAAAGAUUCGUUCAUGGCUUUUCUGUCAGUGUCUCCGCCGUGUCUGUUUUCCGCCCGCAACACCAUUUUAACUAUUGAGGUCGCAUCGCUGUAGUUUUGCUCUCAAGCCCUACAAUCUACACACCGCCGGCUUUCCUUUUUAUAUAUAUAUUUUUUUAACUACUAAAAGUAAUACAUUGUUACCUCCUAGGAUAAUUUUUGCGACCAAAUAAAUAUGGAUUUUAACAGCAGCGGUGGGGGAAACGAGCUACAUAAUAACCAAUUCUAUCAAUCUGAGGAGAGCAAGCCUUUGCUUGGAGAGAUGUCUGCGCCGUUGGAGGGGAAUAAUAAUAAAUUAUGCGCCGGGCCGUGCAAGAGAACCCUGCAACAUUGCAGCAGCGGGAUGCGAUAUAAACUACUACAGGAAGGGGACAUCCAGGUGUGUGUGGUCAAACACCCUCGGACCUUCCUCAGCAAAAUUCUAACCUCAAAAUUCUUACGGAGAUGGGAACCGCACCACCUCACCUUGACAGACAACAGCCUGGCGUCUGCGACGCCCACGGGGUACAUGGAGGCUGCCCUGUCCUACAGCACCAUAGAGGACCUGCAGCUGCUCUCCUGGGAUAAUGCCCCCAAAUACUGUGUGCAGCUCAGCUUCCCCGGGGGCACCGUCCUCCUGCAGGCAGCCAACAGCUAUCUGCGGGACCAGUGGUUUAAUUCUCUGCAGUGGAAGAAAAAGAUCUACAAGUACCGUAAGGUUCUGAACAACCCAAGUCGCUGGGAGGUGGUUCUGAAGGAGAUCAGAUUGCUGGUGGACAUGGCCCUGACCUCUCCCCUGCAGGAUGAGUCCAUCCACCAGGCCCCGCUGCAAAUCAUCUCCACCCUGCUGGCUGAGAACACCAACCUCAGCACUCAGGACCAUGAGAACAUCAUUGUGGCCAUCGCUCCUCUCCUGGAAAAUAACCACCCUCCACCGGACCUGUGUGAGUUCUUCUGCAAGCACUGUCGGGAGCGUCCGCGGUCCAUGGUUGUGAUUGAAGUGUUCACCCCUGUGGUCCAGAGAAUCCUCAAACACAACAUGGACUUUGGGAAGUGCCCCAGACUGCGUCUCUUCACUCAGGAGUACAUCUUGGCUCUAAAUGAGCUCAACGCUGGGAUGGAGGUCGUCAAGAAAUUCAUUCACAGCAUGCAUGGCCCCACCGGGCAGUGCCCUCACCCCCGUGUCCUGCCCAACCUGGUGGCAGUGUGCUUGGCUGCCAUCUACUCCUGCUACGAGGACUUCAUCAACAGCCGGGACAACUCCCCCAGUCUGAAGGAGAUAAGGAACGGCUGCCAGCAACAGAAUGAGCGUAAACCCCCUCUGCCCCUCCGCCUGCUCCGCCCAGAGCCCCUGACACCCGCACCCACAGGUCUGCUGUCCCUCUCCCCUCCCCCCUCAGCUCCCCUCCCCCCUCCCCCCACACUGCCCCUCUCUCCUCCGCCUUCCAUCGUCAACUCCAGUGAGAUCCUGGUGGAGUUGGAACGCAACAACAACACUGCCAACGCCAGGCGGAAGGGCCCAGGGGGAGGCGACAGUGAGCCCAACCUGAUCGACUGUCUGCUGGUCAGCCCCGCCCUCAACGCCCUGUCAAUCCAGCUGCCUGCCCAGGCCGACCGCGUGCUUGGCUGCUUUGCACUCAUCCUCAAAAUGCUGUCUGACUACGAUGACUGGAGACCCGCCCUGGCUAGCCUGCUGCAGCCCAUCCCAUUCCCCAAAGAGGCCCUUGCACAUGCCAAAUUUACGAAAGAGCUGAAACAUGUUAUUCAGAGGUUUGCAGAGGACCCCAGACAGGAGGUCCACUCCUGUCUUCUCAGUGUGCGCUCAGGAAAGGACGGUUGGUUCCAGCUCUACAGUCCAGGGGGUGUGGCUUGUGAUGAUGAUGGGGAGCUCUUUGCCAGCAUGGUUCACAUUCUUAUGGGCUCCUGCUACAAAACUAAGAAGUUUCUCCUGUCCCUGGCUGAAAACAAGCUGGGGCCCUGCAUGCUCCUGGCUCUGCGUGGGAAUCAGACCAUGGUUGAGAUCCUGUGCCUGAUGCUGGAGUACAACAUCAUGGAGAACAAGGACACCCAGCUACAGAUCAUCUCCACCCUGGAGAGCACUCCGGUGGGCCUUCACAUGUAUGAGCAGCUGUGUGACAGGCAGAGGGAGCUCAAAGAGCUGCAAAGAAAAGGAGGCCCCACCCGACUCACUCUGCCCUCCAAGUCUACAGAUGCAGACCUUGCCAGGCUGCUGAGCUCUGGCUCCUUUGGGAACCUGGAGAACCUGAGCCUUGCCUUCACCAACGUCACCAGUGCCUGUGCUGAACAGCUCAUCAAAUUGCCCUCUCUCAAACAGCUCAACCUUUGGUCCACUCAGUUUGGAGAUACAGGAUUGCGGUUGCUGUCUGAACACUUGGCGUGUCUGCAGGUGUUGAAUCUGUGUGAGACACCCGUGACCGACGCCGGCCUGCUGUCCCUCAGCUCCAUGAAGAGCCUGUGCAGUUUGAACAUGAACAGCACAAAGCUCACAGCAGACACAUACGAGGACUUAAAGGCCAAACUCCCCAAUCUGACGGAGGUGGAUGUCCGCUACACCGAGGCCUGGUGAACACAUCCUGUGUGACAUCACUAGAACACCAACUCCCACACCAUCCAAACAUGAGGAUUACCUGAUAUCAACAGAACACAUAGUCUCUCUUACAUCAACAACAAGAGGAUCCUCUCCCAUCUGUAGACAAGGACCUUUUUUUUUUUUAAUCUGGAGACGACAUCAGAACGCCUGGACCUCUCUAGAAACACCAUGUCAAGCGAGAUUUACUAUCUUUCUAGUGACAUCAUCAAAAUACAAGGAGCUCCUUUUUAGCGACAUCAUCAAAAAAGCAAGGACCCACUUUCUUGUGACACAAGGGACCUUAUCUUUCUCUCUCAUGCGUGGUUUCUCACUCAGUUCCUGUCCAGAUCAUCCUAUUUGCCCUCAAUAGGCUCCUCAUAGAUUUAUUCAGUGUUGUGUCAAAUGUACACAGAACACCAAGUAAACAAAUGGAUCUGUCUCCCCUCACUCUCUCUGAGGACCUUUAUGUUUAAAUGCACUCUUCCCUCCAUUUACUGGGAGUUCUUCUAUCCUUGUCUGAUCAAGGUUAGAUAACCAGGUCACAUUCCAGUACACUUUUGAUAUUGCCUCUACUUCAAUCCAAAUGUAGCUCUAAAGAUGUGUCCAAUUGUCAUUUCGGUCUUGUUCUUUUUGUUUGUGUUCUUUCAGGUUCAGAUUCUGGCCUUUCCAGUCCUUUAUUGGGGAUGAGGUGCUACCUCAAACAAAAUAAAAAUUGCAAGACUGUGCCUAAUGCCUAAUUACUCAUAUGACACUCAAUCAAUUUUUAUCAACUUGAAUGAACAUAUUUUUACAGACAUCUCUGCAUUCAUAUAUUGUGUGUGACAUUUAAGCAGACAUUUCAGGAGCUCUGCUCUGUGGUUGCAACACUAUUAAAAGGAAGAAAUGUUUCCUUUUAAUUUGUGUUUUCAAUGUACAUAACUCCCAUAUUUAAUAGAAUGAUUGUGUAGUAGGUGGUCUGGGACUGCCUUGUAUUUAUAAUUUCUCAACUCCAUAUCCCUCUUUCUGCCUCCCAUUAUUUUUCUCAUAUGUUAAGACACUUUCCAGGCAUACCGCAGUUGACUUUCGUCACACAAUCAAUCAAGAUGUUGCCUAACAUUCUUAUCCAUGCUGAGGCCCAAACUGAAGCCCUAUGUGCACCUUGCAUCAACCUCUCAAUGUUGACAUUUUGGCAUGAUGGUACAAGUUUUUCUAAAGAUAAAUAUGGGAUACGUUUUGAUAUUGGCUGUAGAUAUACAGGCCAUGGUCAGGAGUGAACAGACUGUAGAGGCAACAGCAUGGUGUAUAGAUGACCCUGUUUUUAAAAAGCAGCACAUAACCUGCCCAGAGUCUCUAGAAUAAGACCUUUUGUGGCUGGUCGGUCAGUACCAGAGUGGAAAGCCAAACAAGUUAAUUUCUGUUUCAAUCCAUUGUUUUGUUGUUGCCAUACUGCACUUCAAAACACAAAUAUAUUGUAUCAUACAUCAGUACUAUCUGAUACAGUGGCAUAGAAUCACGUGGACUCCAACAUGCUAAUCAUUUGUUCACAGAGCCACAUUUCUCUCUACUCUGACUAGGUCUCCCUCUUCCCUUUGCCCAUCAACCAUCAUGCAUGGAGAGAGGGCACUGUUUUGGAGUAUGCUCACCCAUUAUGUAGUACAUGUAGCUGGGGUAAAAUGUUUCAUUCCUCGAUCUUCAUUUGGAAUCAUGAGAACACUUUCUGUUUGCAUGGGCAAUACCACCAGUUCUGAAUAGAUUUCCUAUAUUAUUACCAAGGAAUGUGAUAUUACAGCAUUCAGGUAUGUGGUAACUUGGCCCACACAAACUGCAGAAGAGUUGUCCCUCUGUCUCUUCUGCUUUAGGUGGUUUUGAUCAAUCUGUUCCUUCUCUGUGCCCUUUCAGGGCGUCUCGUACACAAUCGGAGCGUUAUUCUGUAUGCCCGACUCUGGUUCCCCCCACUUUUGUUUUCUCCAGAAUGCUCAAGAAUUAUUUCCGUUCAGUUUUGGCAGAACUUUCACGACACAGUUGGACACCGUCCAAUAAGAUUUCAAUGCUGUUUAUUUUGAGUGCCACGACGGUUCGGUGCACUAAAGGUUGUUGUAUAUGGCCACCAGGCUUAGGACCUCGUACUGUCACAUCCUGUAUAAUGUAAAUACAAGUGUAUAUAAUUUUCUGUCCCUCUCUAUGUUCCCCUCCGCUCUGUGUUUCUCUUAGUCUCCCUGUUAGGGAGGCUGUUGCCUUCGUCUUCAGGAUGUGUGCGUGUGGACAUUACUUUAAUUUUCACACAAAGUGCACUGUAAUCUACCUUCCAUUAUGUUUUCAUGGUAAUUGUUAUGGCUGAUUUUUGUAUUUGUUUCAACGGUUUGUUUGAUUUGAUCACUUUAAUCAAGUGUUAGUCAUCUGUUUUGUAUGUACAGUACCAGUCAAAUGUGGACACCUACUUUCUUUUUACUAUUUUCUACAUUUUAGAAUAAUAGGGAAGACAUCAAACCUAUGAAAUGACACACAUGGAAUCAUGUAGUAACCAAAAAAGUGUUAAAACAAAUUGAAAUAUUUGAGAUUUUUCAAAGUAGCCACCCUUUGCCUUGAUGACAGCAUUGGACUCUCUUGGCAUUCUAUUAACCAGCUUCAUGAGGAAUGCUUUUCCAACAGUCUUGAAGGAGUCCCCACAUAUUCUGAGCACUUGUUGGCUGCUUAUCCUCCAUGCUGCGGUCCAACUCAUCCCAAACCAUCUCAAUUGGGUUGAGGUCGGGUGAUUGUGGACGUCAUCAGAAUCUACAUUUAGAAACCAUUUACAGAUUAAAAACAAUUAAAAAACAAGAGAUCUCAUCCAUUCAUUUACAGGAUCUCAAAAGGGGAUACUCAUCACACCUUUGUCAAAUAGUCCUUACGCAGCCUGGAGGUGUGUUGGGUCAUUCAUUGUCCUGUUGAAAAACAAAUAAUAGUCCCACUAAGGGCGAACCAGAUGGGAUGGCGUAUAGCUGCAUAAUGCUGUGGUAGCCAUGCUGGUUAAGUGUGCCUUGAAUUCUAAAUAAAACACUGACCGUGUCACCAGCAAAGCACCAUCACACCUUCUCCUCCAUGCUUCACGGUGGCAACCACACAUGCAGAGAUCAUCCGUUCACCUACUCUGCGUCUCAAAGACACGGCGGUUGGAAUCAAAAUUCUCAAAUGUGGACUCGUCAGACCAAAGGACAGAUUUCCACCGGUCUAAUAUCUAUUGUCGUGUUUCAUGGCCCAAGCAAGUAUCUUCUUAUUAUUAGUGUCCUUCAGUGGUGGUUUCUUUGCAGCAAUUCAACCAUGAAGGCCUGGUUUGCGCAAUCUCCUCUGAACAGAUGUGUCUGUUACUUGAACUCUGUGAAGCAUUUAUUUCAGCUGCAAUUUCUGAGGCUGGUAACUCUAAUGAACAUAUCCUCUGCAGCAGAGGUAACUCUGGGUCUUCCUUUCCCGUGGCAGUCCUCAUGAGAGCCAGUUUCAUCAUAGUGCUUGAUGUUUAUUGCGACUGCACUUGAAACUUUCGAAGUUCUUGAAAUUUUCCGGAUUGACUGACCAUGUUUGUCUUUGCUUAUUUGAGCCGUUGUCGCUAUGAUAUGGACUUGGUCUUUUACCAAUAGGACUAUCUUCUGUAUACCACCUCUACCUUGUCACAACACAACUGAUUGACUCAAAUGCAUUAAGGAAAGAAAAUCCACAAAUAUACUUUUAAUAAGGCACACCUGUUAAUUGAAAUGCAUUCCAGUUGACUAUCUCAUGGGGCAGCAGGUAGCCCAGUAGUUAGAACAUUGGGCCAGUAACCGAAAGGUUGCUAGAUCGAGUCCCUGAGCUAAAAAGGUAAAAAUCUGUCGUUCUGCCCCUGAACAAGGAAGUUACUAGACCUGCAUUGUAAAUAAGAAUUUGUUCUUAACUGACUUGCCUAGUUAAAUAAAGGUAAAAUAAAAUGAAGCUGGUUGAGAGAAUGCCAAGUGUGUGCAAAGCUGUCAUCAAGGGUUGCUACUUUGAAGAAUCUAAAACAUAUUUUGAUUUAGUUUAACUUUUUUUUUUACUACAUGAUUCCAAGUCUGUUAUUUCAUAGUUUGGAUGUCUACAAUGUACAAUGUAGAGAAUUGUAUAGAAAAUCCAUUGAAUGAGUAGGUGUCCAGACUUUUGACUGGUAUAUCAGCUGUUUUUUUUAUUUUAACUUGAUUUUUUACGAUUUUGAAUAUGAAAAGGGUCAGAUCACUAGCUCUGCAGUCGCCCUACCCCCUUUGUCCAUGGGUUACCACGAUGUUCUGAUCGAAGCGCAAUGAUGAGCAGUACAUGUCGUAGACCAGCGACUGAAUCACCUUUGUGUGAUUACAGACCUUUUGUAUUGCUGGAAUACAUUAGCUUGUGCACAAAAUACUGUGUAUAAUGAUAUGAACAUAGUAUGUAUGUAUGCCAGUGAGUUUACUGGUUACUGUACUGUUUGUACACUGGUGAGAUACUGUGUGAUAAGUGGAGAGAUUCAAUAUGUGGAAUAAUUGUUUUGUAACCGUUGACAUAAUCUGCUCUUGGACCAUUUCUAUUGAUGUGGUAAUAGUAGGGGGGUGGAGAGGGGGGGGGGGCAGUGGGAACUUUAUUUUUUGUAGCUCUGAUGCUCCUCUAGUUUUUAACAUUUCAAAUGUAUAGUUAAAGAGGGAGACCUAGAGGUGGGAAUGUGGAGGGUUUUAUUACUGUAGAGGAAAUUGUGAUUGUUAUUAAAAAAUAUAUUAAUUUGUUAUAUUGCUAUCCUGUGGAGCUCACUGUGCUUUGCUUGGGUUUAUGUCUCCUCUUCUCCCUAAUUCCCUCUCUCUUCUCAUUCCUCUCUAUCCAGAGGUGAUAUUACCUGUUCUAAUUUUUUGGGAAUUUGUAAAGAUUUUUCAUUAGAAUUGUGACUGCGGCUUGAGUCUUAAUGUGGUUGACAGCGGGGUGCCUGCUGCUGUGCCCCCCCCCCAGUCAUGGACAUAAACUAGGUUUCCCAUGAUUCCUGUAAUUUUUGCAGAUCAAACACUGCCCUCAUUUUCUCUUGUCUGUGUUAUCUGCUUCUACAGCUGGGCUACUGCUGCUGCUGCUCUGUGGCUGUUGUAAUACAAAUACAAGACCUUCUACAGGAAAAUAAGAACUAUGAUGUGAAAUAAUUUCAAUCAAAAUAAACUGUCUGAAUAUGUUUCAAA